CUCCUACAACAACUCAUGCACGCGACGCUUCCACAAGCGCUGCUUCUCUUGUUCUUCCCUCUAGCCCUCGUACUGCUACACUACUUGGUAAUCACUGGCAGAUCAGGACGAAGCAGCCAUUGCUGCCGUCUCCCACCUUCGCCACCAAGGUUGCCAGUCAUCGGGCAUCUUCACCUCGUCGGCUUCCUCCCACACGUGAACCUACGCAGGCUCGCCAUGAUGUACGGUCCGGACUACAUGCUCAUCCACCUUGGCUCCGUGCCGACCCUCGUCGUCUCGUCGCCACGUGCUGCCCAGGCCGUCAUGCGCACACACGACCACGUGUUCGCGUCACGGCCCACAUCCACGCUCGCCAACACCCUAAUGACCGCCUCCCUCGACGUCGCAUUCGCCGUCUACGGCGAUCACUGGCGCCAGGCCAAGAGGCUGCUCUCCACACAUUUACUCACCGUCAAGAAGGUGAGCUCCUACCGCCCGGGCCGCGAGGAGGAAGCACGCCUCGUCGUGGCUAAGAUCGCUAAGGCGACCGUGUCGUGCGAGGCCAUGGACAUGAGAGACCUGAUCUACUCUUUCACCACCGACGUCGUGUGUCGUGCCGUGUCCAGCAACCUCUUCAAGGUCGACGGCCGCAACAGACUCCUCCGUGAGCUCAUCGACGCGUCGGGGGCGCUCAUCGGGGGUGUCAACCUCGAAGACUUCUACCCGGGGUUAGUGCGGGUGGGCUUCAUCAAGAGAGCUGUGUGUGCCAGGGCCGACAAGCUGAAAAAGAGAUGGGACGAGUUGCUGGACAAGGUGGUCGACGAGCACCAAGAAAACACGGUGCAGCAACGGGAACCUGACUUCAUUGACAGUCUCCUCUCCUGUCAGCACGAAUACGCCCUCACCAAGGAUCACAUCAAGGCCAUGCUCAUAGACAUAUUUUUCGGAGCAACCGACUCAACGUCCAUGCUUAUAGAGUCUGUCAUGGCGGAGCUCAUAAGCAACCCACAAGUCAUGUCCAAGCUACAAGCUGAGUUGAGGAGCAAAAUCCCCAAGGGAAAAGAGAUAGUGACAGAAGAUGACCUCGCCACCAUGACCUACCUGAAGGCGGUCAUCAAAGAGACAUUCCGUCUGCAUCCACCAGCACCGCUCCUCGGGCCGCACCUCUCCAUGGACAAUGUGCACAUCGACGGCUACAUCGUUCCAGCCCACAUACCUGUUCUUGUCAAUGCAUGGGCGAUUGGUAGGGACCCAAGUACUUGGGAGGACCCAGAGAAGUUCAUGCCAGAGAGGUUUCUCAAAGUGGACAUUGAUUACAAGGGGAAUAACUUUGAACUCCUUCCAUUUGGUACUGGGAGAAGGAUGUGCCCAGGGAUAAACUUCUCAAUGUCAACGUAUGAGCUCAUGUUAGGGAACCUCCUAUAUCAUUUUGACUGGGAGCUGCCUGCACCUAGGGUUGCUGGAGGCAUGGGUGUUGAUAUGACAGAGGUGUUUCGGCUUACAGUGCAUCGCAAGGAGAAGCUCCUAUUAAUCCCACGAACACGUACAUAGCAUAUUUAUGUUUUAUGUGUUCCCUCCAAAACAUUUGUAUCCAUUCCAAUGAUCAGGAUGCUCGUUUUAAAAUAUUUGUAUGGAUUUA